GACCCUUUUUCCAUCUUCCUGCUGGAGGCUGCCGCUCCAUUCCAAGCAUGGCUGCGGCUAUGCGCCAUCUGAUUUCUUCACGCCUCGCCGCAUUGAGCAGAGCCACCGCCGGGCGUCUGCGAAGGAAGGCUUCCCUAGCCGGUGGAGUCCGGCGGCUUGGACCGGUGGGGAAAGCGGAUCCAUGGAGGAGCAUUUCCACUACGCCAGAUUUGAACAGGUACAAGGGGCCGCCGAAGCCGACCUUCUCAUGGAAACUGCAAGAUCUGCUCAACGAUGAUUUCUUCAAGAACGAGAUUAAGGUGAUACCAACAACUUUCACUUCGGUAGAGGGGUACAUGGGUUCAUUCAUGGCUCCACUAUUGGAAGAAGCUCGUGCCGAUCUCUGCUCUGCAUUGCGCGGCAUCCGGCACGCGCCGGUGGCCCAAGUGAUCCGGAUCCAACAGGAACGCACUUCAGAAUUCUGUAUCUCGUUCAAGGAACCUCGGCCAGCUGGUUGUUAUGCCCCGAAAGUCGAGGAUAUAUUGGUGCUCACAUGUCGGAAACCGAGCCGCCACAAAGACUUGGACCCAUUUGUCAUAGCUGUAGUGCCUCCAUCUGAAGAUAGUAAAAGUGAAAGGAACGAUGACGAAGGCACCACCACCGGCUCUUCUGAUUCUGAAGAUAUGGACAAUACUGUCACCUCUUCCCAAGACAUAGCCAUGCCAUCUCUUCUCGAGAAAAAUGCAACAUCAGUUGAUGUAGAGGCCUGGGCGCACCCCUUUUUCGAAAAAGAAAAGAAAAAUGCACCCCAAGUGGUCGACACUGGCACAACAAUAUCAAUAAGGCUGCUGUCGGGUAAACUACCUGUCAAACGACAAGGUCAAAAAGAAGUGAUCGCAUUGCCUCUUUUUGUGGUUUUUCUUAUCAAUAUGAAGACCAACAAUCGUAUACAUGAUGCACUGGAACUGAAAGCCGGCAUCCUUAGCCGUUGGGGCAGUAGCCUCGUAGAGAGGAUUGCAGAGUAUGCUUCAACUGUCAGCCAGGAUCGCAAUUCAUUGUUGCCAGAGGUACCUUCAGGGUUAGCGUCACAUAAGGCGCUGGAUGGCCUUGAAAAAUUCAAGCUCAACACCUCACAGCAGAAGGCGGUACUUGAUUGUGUUUCAGGAAUGGAUGAAGCUAGGUGCUGGGUGCGCCUUAUCUGGGGACCACCUGGGACAGGGAAAACCAAGGCCAUCAUAUCUCUCUUGUGGUCAAUGCUGAUGAAAAACCACAGGACACUAGCUUGCGCUCCGACCAACACGGCGGUUGUGGAGGUUGCCUCCCGUGUUCUCGGUAUUCUCGAGGAUGAGUCCUAUGGCGGCAGUGGAAAACACUUCUCCCUGGGCAAUGUCGUGUUGUUUGGCAAUGAAGAUCGGAUGAACGUGGAUGAAAACCUCGCAAAGAUCUUCUUGGAUCGGCGUGUGUACCAACUUGUGAAUGUGGCGACGAGCCGGAGGCACUAUGUGAACCACAUGCUAGAACUUCUUGCGAAACCGUUGUGUAUGCACUCUUUGUAUCUUAAGGAUGUUCGAUCGGAGCGUACGGGUGAUAUUUUGCAGCUGCAAGGGGUGGGGGAUGCUGAACUAGAGAGGAGGAGGAAGGUGACAUUCAACGAAUUCUUCAUAGACAAUUACGAAUGUCAUGAGGAAGCACUGCGCCGCUGCUUCGAGACUCUCCGCAAUGAUCUGCCCCUAUCCGCUAGGAGAUUUGAUUACCUGGAUGAGACCCUACGCUCGCUCGAAGCUUUCGGGAAACUUCUCCGGUCCGAGCCGGAGCGCCCGCUUGGGAAACUCUUCUUCAAAAACGAGGGGUGGCCAGAGUUCCAAGAAGCAAGAGCAUUGUGUCUUAACAAGCUAGAACACUUGCCCGAUUGGUUUGAUUUGCUUCCAAGCGAUUCAAGCAAAAUUGAAGACUACGUACUGAACAAUGCCACGAUCAUACUUUGCACUGCUGCUAGCUCAUUUAAUCUGCGCCGCGUCCGUGAUUUCCAGCCGUUUGAGCUCCUUGUUAUCGAUGAGGCGGCGCAGCUCAAGGAGUGCGAGUCGCUGAUACCUCUACAGCUUGGUAUCCACCGUGCUGUUCUUAUCGGUGAUGAAUGCCAGCUACCAGCGCUUGUCAAAAGUAAGCUCAGCGCUGAGGCCGGCUUUGGAAGAAGUCUGUUCGAGAGGCUGUGCUUGCUAGGACACCCGAAGCACCUCCUCGAUGUGCAGUACAGGAUGCACCCAGAAAUAAGCAAGUUCCCCAUCUCAAGUUUUUACUGUAGGAAGGUGACAGAUGGCCCCAACGUCCUUCACAAAGACUACGAGAGGAAGCUCCUGGACGGCUCAAUGUAUGGCCCCUACUCCUUCAUCAACAUCCAAGGUGGGAUCGAAAGCUCGGGCAUGCAUGGCACGAGCCUGAGCAACGCUGCUGAGGUCGCUGCGGUGACCCGGAUUGUGCAGAGAUUGUCCCAAGUUGACACAAGAAGCAAGCUCAGCGUGGGCGUGGUAUCGCCAUACAAGGCCCAAGUCCGUGCCAUCCAGGAGAGCCUUGCUUUGGAGCACGACAAGUAUGGCGGUUUAACCGUAAAGAUCCGAACCGUGGACGGGUUCCAGGGUGCCGAGGAGGAUGUUGUCAUCUUCUCCGCCGUGCGGGCCAAUACCCAUGGAUCGGUCGGGUUCCUCUCCGAUCAGAGGCGUACCAAUGUGGCGCAAACACGGGCCAAGCAUUGCUUCUGGAUUCUUGGCGAUGCGGCUACGUUGUCGAGCAGCAGGACAAUCUGGCAGAAGAUAGUGGCCGAUGCAAAGGAAAGAGGAUGCUUCUAUGAUGGCAACGACGACAAAGACCUCUGUUCUGUGGUGAGCGUCGCGAUCAAGAAGGAUGAAGUCAACCGUCUGCUCAAGAUGGUGGAUGCUCGUCUUGGUAUAUGCAGCUCAUAAUCUUGGAAAUCCAAGACGGACUAACUAUGAACUUCUAAACGGGCAGGCAUAGGGAUGUGCACUGACCGCUGAUGCAGUUGCUAAUCUCUUUGAUCGUCAGUCGAGUACUCGCCAGAGGCCAACUGCAGGAACUUACAGAGCCAUUUUUUUCCAAAAAGGAGGAUUACCCCCGGCCUCUGCAUCAAGUGAUACACGCAGAGGAACUUACAGAGCCAUGUGCGCAGAUAACAUACUAACUCUUGGUUGGCACUUUGCUUGUUUGAGCCUGUAGGUUUCUGUUUUUGUGCAUGUAAGAUGUUCUCAGAGGAGUUUGGAGUGUGCGCAGCAGCGGUGAUAUUUCGCAUGUGUGAGGUGGAACAGAAAGGAUAUUACUUAUUACCUGGUAGCUGAUUAGUUUUGGUUCUUGAUCGUAAGAGGAUGGCCAGGGUAUAAUCAUGUUGGACUAUGUAGUCUGAUUCCAGAAAUGAAAUUGAGGAGCUGAGCUCCUUUCCUUGAAAAAAAUAGUAUUAAUUCCUGUGUUAUAGCGGUGUAUGAAAGCCUUGGGAUGGCCAGAAGGCCAUUGUUCUUUUGAGGGAACUACAUUACUCGUUGAAUUCCCUCUUGGGCUGCAAUG